UGCUGAAAUGGCUUCGGAGGAUGUGAAACCGAGCGAAUCGGCGGUCACGACGAUCGUCAGUCUGGCCGAGGAGGCGAAAAUGGCUAGGGAGGGCGUUGUCAAGGCUCCGAGCCUCGCGCUGCUCAGCGUCUGCAAGUCGCUCGUCGCUGGCGGAGUCGCCGGUGGAGUGUCACGCACGGCUGUUGCUCCAUUGGAACGAAUGAAAAUUUUGCUUCAGGUCCAGAAUCCGCAUAACAUAAAAUACAAUGGAACGAUACAAGGCUUGAAGCAUAUCUGGAGAACUGAGGGUUUCCGUGGAUUGUUUAAAGGGAAUGGUACGAAUUGUGCUCGUAUUGUCCCCAACUCAGCUGUCAAGUUCUUCAGCUACGAGCAAGCUUCCAAGGGAAUAUUGUGGCUGUAUCGGGAUCAAACUGGCAAUGAUGAUGCUCAGCUCACUCCGCUCUUACGUCUUGGAGCUGGAGCAUGUGCUGGAAUUAUUGCUAUGUCUGCAACCUACCCAAUGGACAUGGUACGAGGAAGGAUCACUGUACAGACAGAGAAUUCUCCCUUUCAGUACAGGGGAAUGUUCCAUGCUUUAUCGACUGUGCUCCGGGAGGAGGGCCCACGGGCUUUGUACAAGGGCUGGCUUCCUUCUGUUAUUGGAGUUGUUCCAUAUGUUGGUCUCAACUUUGCUGUGUAUGAAUCCCUAAAGGAUUGGUUAAUCAAAAGUAGGCCAUUUGGACUUGUUCAAGAUACAGAUUUGAGCGUGACAACAAGGUUGGCAUGUGGGGCUGCUGCUGGAACUGUUGGGCAAACUGUUGCUUACCCUCUUGAUGUCAUUCGUCGAAGGAUGCAGAUGGUGGGAUGGAGCCACGCUGCUUCUGUUGUCAGUGGUGAUGGGAUAAGCAAGACCCCACUUGAAUAUACUGGCAUGGUUGAUGCGUUUAGGAAAACUGUUCGACAUGAGGGCUUUGGUGCAUUGUACAAGGGUUUGGUUCCCAAUUGUGUUAAGGUAGUCCCAUCUAUUGCAAUUGCAUUUGUGACGUAUGAGAUGGUGAAGGACGUUUUAGGAGUCGAGAUCAGGAUAUCGGACUGAUAUUACGGGAGCUUCAUGAUAUUUAUCUGUGUGCGUGCUAUUUUUGUAGGCCGGGAAAUAGAGGUCUGGCAAACAAGGGGUAAUUUUUUUCCUAUUUUUUUCCGAAGUUAGAAGCGAGUUCGAGCUUGUGUUCAUAAAUUGCUUUCCCUUGUUUUUCAUCUCUUUUCUAUUUCCUUAUGAACACAAUGUAGCUUUGAGCUUCUCAUUCAUGUGAUGUGCCAAUAAGUGUUUUGACAAUGUAAAACAUGCAUCCGCAUGCCUUCCAUAAGCUUUGAGAAAGCAUUUUCUACUUGCUGUUA